AUGACUAUCGGAAUUGCAGUCAUUGGUAGCGGCAUCUUUGUCCAAGAAGCUCAUCUCCCUGGCAUCAAAGCCAACGGCGACCUCUUCUCCCUCAAGGCCAUCUACUCCCGCAGCCUAUCCUCAGCUCAAAACCUGUCCAAAGAAGUCGAAUCCACUACCCCCGAUCUCUACGCCGAAGAUGCCGGCUCAGACAAGUCCUAUGCCAAACUCCUCGAACGCUCAGACAUUGAGGCUGUAGUCAUUGCCCUGCCUAUUCUUGCUCAACCCGACUUCAUCAAGAAGGCUUUGUCUGCUGGCAAGCAUGUGCUUUCUGAGAAGCCUGUCGCUAAGGAUUUGGCAACUGCUCACGAGCUGAUUGAUUGGUACCAUAAGAACAUUGAUACCAAGAAGACCAUCUGGGCUGUUGCUGAGAACUUCCGCUAUCUUGGUCGCUUCCAGUAUGGUGCUGAGCAAGUCAAAGAGCUGGGAGACAUCUUGGGUUUCCGCCUUCGUAUGCACGCUUCAGUUGGUCCUGGAGCCAAGUACUACGAGACUGAGUGGCGCAAGAAGCCAGAGUACCAAGGAGGCUUCCUCCUCGACGGAGGCGUCCAUUUCAUCGCCGCCAUGCGCCAGCUCCUAGGUCAAGAAGCCAAAAUGUCUCAAGUCGCUGCCUUUACAGCUCAACUGCAACCCCAUCUACCUCCCAUCGAUACCAUCAACGCCACCGUCAAGCUCGCAAACGGCCGUUCUGGCACUUUCAGCGUUAGUUUCGGCACCACCUUUUCCGGCGCCGAAUACGUAGUGGCCUGUCAGAACGGUACCGUCGAUGUUGGCUUCGACAAGACUAUUGUCAAGAAAGGUGAUAAGGAGUCUUCGAAAGAUUUCUCUGAAGACAAGAAUGGUGUUAGGCAAGAGCUCAAGGCUUGGGGUGAAAGUAUCCAGCAAGGCAAGGCCGAUCCUCUGCAGUCUCCUGAGGAAGCUUUGGCGGAUUUGGAAGUGUCCAUGAUCAAGAGCGGUGAAGCUGAUGGCAAGGCUAUUGAACUCAAGCUCCAAGUGUAA